AUGCAAUUCGACCCACCCGGUUCCAGUUUUUACGAUGAUCCGGAUCUUAGUUACUCCAUCGAGAAAUCAGUCACAGGAUGGGACGAGAAACGGAAGCGAUGGCUUGAAUUGCACCCGUCAUUCAAAACCGAUUCUGAAAACCGGAUCGUGAUGGUAACCGGUUCGCAAUCCGCGCCGUGUAAAAACCCAAUCGGAGACCAUUUAUUGCUCCGGUGCUUCAAAAACAAAGUCGAUUACUGUCGAAUCCACGGCCACGACAUCUUCUACAGCAAUUCGCUGCUUCAUCCAAAGAUGAAUUCGUAUUGGGCGAAACUUCCGGUGGUUAAGGCGACGAUGCUUGCUCACCCUGAGGCGGAGUGGAUUUGGUGGGUUGAUUCCGACGCGAUUUUCACCGAUAUGGAAUUCACGCCGCCGCUUCACCGUUACCGUCAUCACAAUCUCGUGGUUCACGGUUGGCCGGAUAUUAUCUACGACAAACAGAGUUGGACGGCGUUAAAUGCCGGCGUUUUCCUCAUUAGAAACUGUCAAUGGUCGAUGGAGUUAAUUGACACGUGGAAGAGCAUGGGGCCUGUGAGCCCUGACUACGCCAAGUGGGGUCCGAUCCAACGGUCAAUAUUCAAAGAUAAGCUGUUUGCCGAGUCAGAUGAUCAGACGGCCCUGAUUUAUUUGCUGUAUAAACACAAAGAGUUGUAUCACCCGAAAAUAUACCUCGAAGCAGAGUAUUACUUCCAAGGGUAUUGGAUUGGUGUCGUUGGGGGUUUCGCUAACGUGACGGAGCGUUAUCUCGAGAUGGAACGAGAGGACGCCACGUUGCGCAGAAGGCACUCUGAGAAAGUGAGCGAGCGAUACGGUGCGUUUAGAGAGGAGAGGUUUUUGAAAGGCGAGUUUGGAGGGAGAGGAAGUCGCCGAAGAGCGUUUGUAACGCAUUUCACUGGAUGCCAGCCUUGUAGUGGGGACCACAAUCCGAUUUACGAUGGUGACACGUGUUGGAAUGAGAUGAUCAGGGCCCUUAAUUUUGCUGAUAAUCAGGUGAUGCGCGCGUACGGAUACGUGCACUCUGAUCUGAGCAAGUCUUCUCCUCUCCAACCUGUGCCGUUCGAUUAUCCUGACGAGCCAUGGUGA